CCGCUUUCCCCUUUUGGAUCUUUGCAGAAUGGCUCGCUUCGCAGAAGAUCUGCCCAGCCGCUAUGGAGGGAGCGCAGGCGGCGGCGGCGGACGAGGCGCGCCGGGCGCAGGGCGAGGCGCAGCCCGGGGCGGCGGCGGCGGCGGCGGCGGCGGCGCACCGGGCGCCCAGAGGAUGUACAAACAGUCGAUGGCGCAGAGAGCCCGGACGAUGGCCAUUUACAACCCCAACCCUGUCAAACAAAACUGCUUGACUGUCAAUCGGUCCCUGUUCAUCUUCCGCGAGGACAACCUCAUCAGGAAGUACGCCAAGCGAAUAACUGAGUGGCCUCCGUUUGAGUACAUGAUCCUUGCAACAAUUAUCGCCAACUGCAUCGUCUUGGCUCUGGAGCAGCAUUUGCCUGCCAGCGACAAGACACCAAUGGCAGAACGCCUGGAUGACACGGAGCCUUACUUUAUUGGAAUAUUCUGUUUCGAGGCAGCCAUUAAGAUCAUUGCCCUGGGCUUUGCGUUUCAUAAAGGCUCCUACCUCCGUAAUGGCUGGAAUGUAAUGGACUUUGUGGUCGUCCUCACAGGAAUCUUGGCCACAGUUGGUUCAGACUUUGACCUGCGAACACUGCGUGCGGUGAGAGUGCUGAGACCCCUCAAGCUUGUAUCAGGAAUUCCCAGUCUCCAGGUGGUGCUGAAGUCGAUCAUGAAAGCCAUGGUUCCUCUGCUUCAGAUUGGCCUGUUGCUGUUCUUUGCCAUAGUCAUGUUCGCCAUCAUAGGUUUGGAAUUCUACAUGGGAAAGUUCCACACCACUUGCUUCGGGAUUGACACCGGUAAGAGAGCAGCUGACUGGCCUUGUGGUCUGGAGCCUCCUGCUAGGACUUGUCCUAAUGGGACCCAGUGUACUGAGUACUGGACUGGACCUAACUUCGGCAUCACCAACUUUGACAACAUCCUUUUCGCCGUGCUGACGGUGUUCCAGUGCAUCACCAUGGAGGGCUGGGUGGAGAUCCUCUACAAUGUGAACCCUGCAGCGGGAAACAGCUGGAACUGGCUAUUAUUCAUCCCUCUCAUCAUCAUCGGCUCUUUCUUCAUGCUUAACCUGGUUCUCGGUGUCUUAUCAGGAGAAUUUGCCAAAGAGCGGGAGCGUGUGGAGAAAAGGCAGGAGUUCUUGAAGCUUCGCCGGCAGCACAUAGAACGUGAGCUCACCGGCUACCUGGAGUGGAUCUGCAAAGCCGAGGAGGUUCUGCUGAGGAGGAGGACGAGAUCGUGUGAGGAGAAAUCUCCACUGGAUGCUACUUGGUACAAGAGGAAUCAGAACCCCCCAGUCCUGAAACGAGGCAAAUCCAGAAAAGGUAAAAAUGACUUGAUCGGUGCUGAGGAGGGCGAGGAUGCUUUCACAGACAUUUCUUCUGUUGCGCCCCCUGGUUCCCCAUUUGGCCGAGCCAGUGUGAAAAGCAGCAACAAAAUAGACAGCUCAUGCUACUUCCGCCGCAAAGAGAAGAGGACGUUUUUUAUCCGGCGCAUGGUGAAGGCACAGAGCUUCUACUGGAUCGUGCUGUGUCUGGUGGGUCUCAACACCAUGUGUGUGGCCAUCGUCCACUACGACCAGCCGGAGUGGCUCACAAAGUCCCUGUACACGGCAGAGAUUGUGUUCCUCGGUCUGUUUCUGACGGAGAUGACGCUGAAGAUGUAUGGUCUCGGGGCCAGGAACUACUUCCACUCCUCCUUUAACUGUUUUGAUUUUGGGGUAAUUGUUGGAAGUAUUUUUGAGGUGAUCUGGGACAUGAUCAAACCCGGAGCAUCCUUUGGUAUCAGUGUGUUGAGAGCCCUGCGAUUGCUCAGGAUAUUCAAAGUCACAAAAUACUGGAACUCUCUGAGGAACCUUGUGGUUUCCCUCCUUAACUCCAUGAAGUCCAUCAUCAGCUUGCUCUUCCUCCUCUUCCUCUUCAUCGUGGUCUUUGCUCUGCUCGGCAUGCAGCUCUUUGGAGGACAGUUUAACUUUGAAGAUGAAACACCAACGACAAACUUUGAUACCUUCCCGGCAGCCAUCUUGACUGUGUUCCAGAUUCUGACCGGUGAGGACUGGAACGCUGUGAUGUAUCAUGGGAUCGAGUCUCAGGGAGGCGUUCACCGCGGGAUGUUCUCCUCCAUCUACUUCAUUGUCCUCACCCUGUUUGGAAACUACACCCUCCUGAAUGUCUUCUUGGCCAUCGCUGUUGAUAACCUCGCUAAUGCACAAGAGUUGACUAAGGAUGAAGAGGAGCAGGAGGAAGCAGCCAAUAAGAAGCUUGCACUGCAGAAGGCUUUGGAGGUGAAGGAAGUCAGCCCGAUAUCAGCAGCUAACAUCUCCAUUACAGCUUUUGUAAAGCAAAAUCAAGAUGCACUCUCUCGCAGGUCGUCCAUCAACAGCAUACAGUCAGCUAAAGAGCAGCAGCGCUCUUCAAAGACAAUGUCAGUGUGGGAGCAGAGGACCAACCAGCUGAGGAGACACAACAUGAGGACGAGCAACGAGGCCUUGUUCAAUGAGCUGGACUCUGAGGCGCGCCUCCGUAUGACCUCCGCCCUUCACCUGCACCCUGACAUGAAGACUCACCUGGACAGACCGCUGGUGGUGGACGCCAGGAAUGGGGACAAACCCAGCAAACCUCCUGAAGCAAGAGAUCCCCAGCAGGACACGACAGGACACGUCAGGAAGCACUACCGACACCACGACAGGAGCGGAGAGAGCAACGACCGGGGUGGGAGGGACCGCACCCAUCACAGCCACAACAGAGGUCAGCCUGAAGGGUCACGGUCCAAAGAGAAGAGAGCAGAGAAGAGUCUCAGCCGUGAAGGAGGUCAGGCUCACAGACACCAUCACCACCACCACCGCCGUUCCACCUCUCCUGAAGAGAGCGUGAACGAUGUAAGAGGAGGAGGAGGGGAGGAAAAGGAGCCCCACCAUCACCACUCCCACCGUCCUCCAAAAGAGGGAAACGGGACGCUAACUAAUGCUGGAAAGGGAGAUCAGCGGGGGAGGGGACAGAGGGAGGGAGGAAAUGGCAGUCUUGAGAGGAAGAGAAGAUGCUCUCGUAUGGUCAAAGCUCUGUCCACAUCAGAUGGAGAGGAUGGCAAAAAGAACAAAAAUGAAGCCAAAGGUCAAAGGGAAGGUCAGACGGACUUAGAGGAGGACGGCCUCUCCUGCAGCCCGGUGCAGCCUGCACAGAGCAUCCUGAGCCUGGGAGAAAAGCAAGAGGAUGCUGACAACCAGAAGAACUCCACCAGGGCCGGCCAGGCCCGCCUGACCAGCAACGCCAUCCACAUCCCAGUCACCAUCACUGCUCCGCCCGGAGACACCACCAUCAUACCCAUGAACAACAUCGACUGUGACAGCUUCCGACUCAAUGAUGAGAAGAAAGUUCUGGAGGAGGAGGAAGAGGAGGAGGAAGCAGCUAAUGGGCCCCGGCAGAUCCUCCCCUACAGCUCCAUGUUCAUCUUCGGCCAAACCAAUCCUGUCCGUCGGCUCUGUCAUUAUGUGGUCAACUUGCGCUACUUUGAAAUGUGCAUCCUGAUCGUCAUUACCAUGAGCAGCAUCGCCCUGGCAGCCGAGGACCCUGUGCAGGCCAAUGCGCCACGCAACAACGUUCUGAAGUACCUUGACUAUGUCUUCACUGGAGUUUUCACCUUUGAGAUGGUGAUUAAGAUGGGUGAUUUGGGGCUGCUCCUUCACCCGGGUUCCUAUUUCCGUGAUCUGUGGAACAUUCUGGUUAUUGUGGUCAGUGGAGCCCUGGUAGCCUUCGCCUGCUCGAGCCUAAUGGGAUCGCAACAAAGUGUGGCCAGAGGAACUAAAGGCAAGGACAUCAACACCAUCAAGUCCCUGAGGGUUCUCAGAGUCCUACGUCCCCUCAAGACCAUCAAAAGACUCCCCAAACUGAAGGCCGUGUUUGACUGCGUUGUGAACUCUCUGAAGAAUGUUCUGAACAUCCUCAUCGUCUACAUCCUCUUCAUGUUCAUCUUCGCAGUUAUUGCUGUGCAGCUCUUUAAGGGAAAGUUCUUCUACUGCACAGACAAGUCCAAAGGUCUGGAAAAGGACUGCAGGGGCCAGUUUCUGGACUAUGACAGGGAUGAUGUCACAGCACAGCCCAGGGAGUGGAGGAAGUAUGAGUUCCACUAUGACAACGUUCUCUGGGCUUUCCUCACGCUCUUCACCGUGUCCACCGGUGAAGGCUGGCCAGUAGUUCUGAAACACUCUGUGGAUGCCACCUAUGAGGACCAGGGUCCCAGCCCGGGUUUUCGCAUGGAGACCUCCAUCUUCUACGUUGUCUACUUUGUCGUGUUCCCCUUCUUCUUCGUCAACAUAUUCGUGGCUUUGAUCAUCAUCACCUUCCAGGAGCAAGGAGACAAGGCCAUGUCCGAGUGUAGCCUGGAGAAGAACGAGAGGGCGUGCAUCGACUUUGCCAUCAACGCCAGGCCGCUGACCAGAUACAUGCCGGAGAACAAGCAGUGCUUCCAGUACAAGAUGUGGAAGUUUGUGGUUUCUCCUCCGUUCGAGUACGCCAUCAUGACGUUAAUCGCCCUCAACACAGUCGUGCUGAUGAUGAAGUUCUAUGGCGCUCCGGAUCUCUACGAGUCCAUGCUGAAACAUCUAAACAUUGUCUUCACCGCCCUCUUCACACUGGAAUGCAUCCUCAAGAUUAUUGCCUUCGGCCCACUGAACUACCUGAAAGCAGCGUGGAAUGUGUUUGACUUUGUCACGGUGCUUGGAAGCAUAACGGACAUCUUGGUCACGGAGCUUAAGACGGACAAAAUGAUUAACCUGAGCUUCCUGCGGCUGUUCAGAGCAGCUCGCCUCAUAAAGCUGCUCCGCCAGGGCUACACCAUCCGCAUCCUGCUGUGGACCUUCGUCCAGUCAUUCAAGGCCCUGCCUUACGUCUGUCUCCUCAUUGCCAUGCUGUUCUUCAUCUAUGCCAUCAUUGGUAUGCAGGUGUUUGGCAACAUUGAGCUCAAUGACGAAAUGGCCAUCAAUCAUCACAACAACUUCCGGACCUUCUUCCAAGCCUUGACUCUCCUCUUCAGGAGUGCGACUGGCGAGGCGUGGCAUGAGAUCAUGUUGGCGUGUUUAAGUAAUCGACCGUGCGAUCAGCUCGCAGGAAACAUGGGGACAGACUGUGGAAGCGAUUUUGCAUAUUUCUACUUUGUCUCCUUUAUCUUCCUCUGCUCAUUUUUGAUGUUGAACCUGUUUGUUGCCGUCAUCAUGGACAACUUUGAGUACCUGACCAGGGACGCCUCCAUCCUGGGGCCUCAUCACCUGGAUGAGUUUAUCCGCGUGUGGGCGGAGUAUGAUCCUGCUGCUUGCGGACAUAUCGCUUAUCGCGAUAUGUACGAGAUGCUUCGUGAUAUGUCCCCUCCACUAGGUUUGGGCAAAAAAUGUCCACGCCGAAUCGCCUACAAGCGGCUGGUGAAGAUGAACAUGCCCAUUGGCGAUGACAACACGGUGCACUUCACCUCCACACUGAUGGCUCUGAUCCGUACGGCCCUGGAGAUCAAGCUGGCAUCGGGGGUCCUGGCGCAGCAUUUGUGCGACGCUGACUUAAAGAGGGAGCUGAACCGAGUGUGGCCCAACUUGCCCCAGAAGACUGUCAACCUGCUGGUGACCCCACACAAGUACAAUGAACUGACUGUGGGGAAAGUCUACGCUGCUCUGAUGAUCUUUGACUACUACAAACAGAAUCGUGCUAAAAGACUCCAGCAGAAUUCUGCAGGUGGCCCUCAGAGUACGAUCGGGGCCCUGUUCCGGCCGAUGCUACCCUUCACUCAUAUGAGGGAAGUGGAACCAUCUUUCUCAUUUCAACCUGAACCAGAACCUCAGAUGCAGGUUCCACUGACCACCACCACCACCACCAACAGGGACAUAAUGCUGAACCAGAGGAGCGCCAUCAAACAUUCUCAGUCUGGAGAUGUUGCUCAAAGGCCUAAAGACCGGAGGAAGCUCCAAAGAGGCCAAUCAGAGGACAAGGACCAACCUGCCAAACCUCAGGAAGCCGUUGAGAUGAAGCCAGUGGAGAAUGUUUCCGAUACAGAGAGAUAUCCCGGCCUGGAAGGUCACUGCCGAGCGGCUUCUCUGCCCCGACUCAACGCCGAGUACUAUCGGAGCCACCCUCGCCACGCCCCCGGGACCCACCUGGCACCGAUAGCCGACCUUAGUCCUAUAAGACGUUCGGCAUCUUCUCUAACGCCACAGCACCCCCAGGAGAUCAGUCUGAAGGAGUACAGCCUGGAACGGUCUGGCCCAGCACAAUCCUCCACAAGCCCGGGACAGGCCCAAGUCCAGGACAGGUCCCACCACCAUCACCAUCAUCACCACUGCCAUCACCGCCGGGACAAAGACAAGAAGCAGAAAUCGCUGGACAGUGCAGUGGCAGUGGCGCCGUCCAUCACUGUCGGUUCGUUCGAUGAUCCUUCUCCUGAAAGUGCUUCCAGAGAGCGAGCGCGGGAUCGGGACCGUGGCCGACCUCAUGAGAGAAGACACCACUCCUCGGCGGGAGAGAAGCAGCGGUAUUACUCCUGUGAGCCUUAUGGCAACAGGGAGCAUUGUCACACCAAGUCAGCCGGUCCCAGCCGAUCUACAUCUCCAGGAGAAAGCCAAGAUGCUGGUCUCCUCAAACAGCCUGGUAGCACUGUGGUUAAAUCUGGCUCUUUGUCACUAACCUCUGGUACCAGCACUCCAGGCCGUGGUCGUAGGCAGCUCCCCCAGACCCCCCUCACCCCUCGUCCUGCUGUGGCCUAUAAAACUCGCUUCAGCCGUGGCCUUUCAGAGCAUGAGCGCUUACUCACGGCCUACGACAAGUCUCCGAUACCUGUCACCCACAUGACUUCAGACCCUAGUUUGAACCCACUGCAACAGGACAUUUCUCAACAAUGCCUCCUUGAUGAUACAGAAGACUUCCAAGACACUGUCAGCACCCAUGGAGGGGCCCACACUGCCAGAAACAUUGCCUCUACUACAGAUUCGGCUCCACAUGGAACUGCUGCCAUGCCCGCCACAGCAGGUGGUACACAGGGUCGGACAGGGGCGGUGCCUAACGGGUACCACUUUACCCUGGGGGUCAACUCUGCCUCUGGGUCAGGGAGUAGGGGAACAGGUAGUCUCAGGGAGAGGGAGGAAAAGGACUGGUGCUAACAUGGCUAAAGACUUUGGACCAGUUUUCAUGUUCACUGUGGAGUGGGCAGUUCAUCAGCACCUACUAUGGGUCCUGUGUGCAGGUAAAUAUAGAGUAAUCUUUGAGGAAAAAGGCAGUAGAAAGUGCUGUAAAAGGGGGU